CCUUCCUUUUGCUCUGCCCACAAGAAGGAGAUCGUGAAAAAGGAGUAUCUGGAAAAUAUAUCCUCGCAUUAAGGACGACACUGCAGCAGCCUGAAUUUUCCCCUAGUCCUGACCAUGCUGUGCUCCUGGAGCAGUCACAUCCCAGCUCGCUGUAGGUGACCCUCUGGGUGGUCCUGUGGAGGAGACAGGGAAGUUAAAUCUUCUCUAUCCAUUCUUUCCAUCGGAGUUUCAGCUCACCAUUCUUCAUUUAGAGUAACCAUGUGCUCUUGGAACAAGGAGGUGAACUAGGGGAGCUUCCACCACACUCUGGGAAGGCUGAGAAGGCAUCCUGCUUCCAAAAUUGCACCGAGGGCUUGCACGUUCACCCCUACAUGCCAUUUGCUCACUUAUUUACCCCCUGCCUCCUUACACAGAAAAGCUUUUUGAGGAGCUUGCUUAGAUUUCUGCAAGGUGCUGUAACAGACACGAGUGAAUUUCACCACAGCCGAGGCAGGGGAUGUGCAGGCUAAAGAGAAGGGAAAGAAUUAAUGAGUCGGGUAUCAGCUCUGCAAACUGAAGAAAUAGAAACUCCGUUGGACAAAGCAAGCGAUUAAGAACACCCUAUGAAGUCCUAGAGCAGGCACUGAUGGAAGGCACUUUGCAAACCUCCAUUCACAUCUGCCAUGGAAAUGGUCAAUGGAUGUCACGAUUACCAGAGAAGCUCUGGGAUAUUCCCCUCUAUAACUUAGCUCUUCCAGGGAGUCAUGACACUAUGACCUACUGCUUGGAUAAAACCUCUGAUAUUAGUGGCAAUGAAUCCAAGCUGGUGAAGUUUUUAAACAAAUGUAUGCCCUGCAUUGUGCGCCCCAUUAUCAUGAAGUGGUCUACAACACAGGUGCUGACUGUGACGGAGCAGCUUGAGGCAGGAGUUAGGUAUCUAGAUUUCAGGAUUGCCCACAAGGCUAACGAUCCUUCUGCGAAUUUGUACUUCGUGCAUAUGGUUUACACAACCAUUACUGUACAGGAUAUUCUGUGGGAAGUGUUAAGGUGGUUGGAAACUCAUCCUCAGGAAGUUGUUAUCUUAGCCUGCAGGAAUUUUGAUGGAUUAACCAAGAAACUUCAUUGUCUUCUUAUUGCCUGUAUAAAAGAGAUUUUCCAGUGUAAACUCUGUCCCAGAAAUGUGGUGCCGACGCUGCGGACCAUGUGGCAGCGUGGCCAUCAGGUUAUAGUCUCGUACGAAGAGGAUGUGGAAGUGGACAAGCACCGUGAGCUGUGGCCAGCAAUCCCAUACUGGUGGGGAAACAAAACCGCCACUCGCGCUCUCAUCCAGUAUUUAGAGCGCAUGAAGCAGGUGGGCCGUCCAGAAAAAUUCUUUGUAGCGGGGAUUAACCUUACUGAAAAUUUAAGGUAUAUUCUUGUACACCCAUUUGGAUCAUUGAAGAAAAUGACACUCCGGAGUCUUCCAUGCUUGAAAAUCUGGAUAAAGCAGCAGUAUCCAGGACCAAAAAAAGAAUGUGUUAACAUCAUUGCUGGAGACUUCAUAGGAAACCAUGAUUUUGUUAAAGAUGUGAUAGAACUCAACACAAAAAUUAAUCCUCCGUUACACUGUCAAAGUAAAGGGACUGGAACAAAUAGCAUUUCAUUCUGAGCUUCUUAACCUGUGAAAAGCUGAAAAGGCUUUGUCUGCGUUUAAUAUGCCCUGGUUUAAACAUCCUGGAACCCAUAAAGGGCCAAGUAGCUUAAACCAGGGAAGUUUUAAAUACUCAGUAAGAAAAGUGCUCUCAGCAUCAUCAGGAUUUCAAGGCCUUUUCACAGAAAAGAGAGCAGGCAGACCUUGCUGAAAUCUCUAUGGCACAGCUAUAGUUUACCUGGAGGUGCUUAGAUUCUGUAGUGGUUGUCAAUAUUGGAAGUCCCAAGAACUUAACCUUAUUUUACAUACGUGAAAGGAGAAAUAUGUCAGUAGCUGCAUGAAUUAUCUUGUGGUAAGAUUUUAUCUUUCUUACAAUUGUAAAGAUAUUCUGCAGUACUUGCAAUCCCAAUUCUCAGUCUUUUAGGUCAGUGUGAAACUGACUUGUUUUCAUAGUUCAUGUUAAAUAUACAAAAAUAACAGUUUCAAAAUAUUUCUGAUAGAUCAGAUACUGUAUUAACCCUAUUUGAUGUAUUUUUUUAUAUACACACAAUACAUCGUUAAAACUAGAGAUCUAGAAGCAGCUGUACUGUUGAUGUGUGCUGAGUAUCAGUUGUGAGCCCCUUUACCAACAGGGUAGUAAAAAAAUUCUUUAGGAUUUAUAAGAGGUAUUUGAACACCUACCUCUUUUUAUCACUCAUUCCGGUACUGCAGUGAUAAAGAUGCCAAAACUAGGCCCCUAGGCAGUUUUGUCUGUGGUAAUGAAAACUGUUUUAUUAGGUGUUGCCAAAAUAUGCCUUAUGUUGAAAAUACAUAUGAAGCAAAUUCCUUAUCUAAACUCAUACUGCUCUAGAAAUAGAUUCUUGGCUUCUGUCAUGCUCAUUUGGGGAUUCAUGCCUGGUCUUUCAUUUAGCUUUUUUAGUAGCUCUGUAACUAUUUUUCCUCUCAAUAAGCAGGUUUUGCUUAUGUAAAAACUAAGGGGUUUAUGCUGUUUGCCACUGCAUAUUAAUCCCAUUUUUGUAUUUUUUUUAAAUGAACUGUGCAGUAACAGAUGAUUAUGAAGAGAAAUGGCAAGCAUUGGGACUAAAAUAAAAACAGGCAUUGUGUAAAGUUCACUAUGCAGCUUCACCAACAUACUUCAAUUUUAGAUGCAUUCUAUACGCAAAAGCUGAGUUCAGAUGGCUAGCAAAGAUGUUAAUGUUUGCAGAAGCUUUAAAUCAACUGCUACUUGACAUUGGAUCAAACUCACCCUAGACUUCUCAGCAUGAAAGGCUAGUACGCUACCUCCUUAUGCAAUCUCUGGCAACUGCAGAAUACGUAGGAGUAAAAACCUAAACAUUAAACUUAGAAAGAAGACUUUCUAAAUGCUUUUUUACAGUACUUUUUAUCCUUGUUCUUACCUCUACAUACUUCAUACUGAGCAUUCAGUUUUGAUUUUUUUUGGAGUCACUACCUGCAUGAAGUGUUAUAUUCUACAUACCGAGAAUGUUUUUCUGCCUGUCUUUUGUACCCUCGAGUGGCUUGUUACUCUAUCUAAUAAAACUUGAUCUCUCUGUGUAAUAUGGA